AUGUCUUCCGGUCUAUUUUCAUUUUUGGCUAUGAUGUUCAGGAAGUCCGAAAAAACUAUACAACGACAACAAGAAGAAAAGGAUGCAGAUGCACGCUAUCUUCGGCAAAUAGGCUAUACACAAGAGCUCUAUCGUGGAUUUUCUCCAUUUAUGUCAUUUUCAUUUUGUUUCACAACUGUCAACGUGCUCAUAGGAAUUUCACUUGGUUUCACUUAUCAAAUGAAUAUAGGCGGUCCAGGUGUGGCCAUAUGGAGUUGGAUCAUUGCAUCGUUCUUUACAAUUCUCAUCGGAUUCUCACUAGCAGAAAUAUGUUCAGUCUAUCCUAGUGCAGGUUCUGUCUAUCAUUGGUCCGGUAUGCUUACUCCUCUGCGAUAUGCUCCAUUGGCUUCUUUUAUCUGUGGAUGGUUCAAUUUUUUUGGUAAUGUUACAGGUGAUGCUGCGUAUGCAUCUGCUUUUGCAACCAUGGUGAAUGCUGUAGUUAUACUAAAUGGAAAAUCAUCAUUAAGUACCGGAGAACAAGUAAGCAUUGCUAUAGCAAUUACAUUUGUGUGGACUCUUAUCAAUACUCUACGAAUCGAUAAACAAGGAUGGAUUAAUAAUGUAGCUGCAUUUUUCCAAAUUAGCUCUUUAAUUACUAUCGUCAUUGUUCUUCUUGUUAUGGCUCCAGAACGAGCCUCUGCUAAGGAUGUUUUUACGUCUACCUACAAUGGUACCGGAUUUUCUUUUGGUUAUGUAUACUGUAUUGGAAUACUUUCAACACUUUUUAUAUGCUGCGGUUAUGAAGGUAUAUUAUAUAUCGGCUUAAACGCGUAA